UGCGUGCGGGCUGGAGCCAUGGCGCAGCCCGGGCCCCCCGGCUCUGAGCCCCGGGCCCCCCAUGGCGGCUCCGCACCCCGAGAAGCUGGAGGGAGGAGUCCCGGCCCCGCCGCCCCCGCCGGGGCCCCCCAACCCACCGGGCAGUGGCCCCCCGGCGGGCCCGGCAGGAAGCAGGGGAAGGGGGGUCUGCAAAUGAAGAGCCCUGAAAAGAAACGUCGCAAAUCCAACACUCAGGGCCCUGCCUAUUCCCAUCUCUCGGAGUUCGCCCCGCCCCCAACUCCAAUGGUCGACCACUUGGUGGCCUCCAACCCCUUUGAAGAUGACUUUGGAGCAUCUAAAUUGGGGGCCUCGUCUACUCCAUUCCUCGGCAACCCUGUGCCCUUUGGGAACUUCCGCAUGCAGGGGGGCAUGACAUCCCAGGUGCCACCAGGCUAUGGAGGGGGCCCCCAGGCCAUGCGGAGGCAGCCUCCGCCCUUUGCCCCGAGCCAGAUGGGCCCAGCCUUCAGCAUGCCCCCCCAGAACCCCAACUACGUGCAGCCUGGUGGCAUGAGCUUUCCCAGCCAGCCCUUCAACCAGCCUCUUGGACAGAGCUUCAGCCCCCCCGCAGGGCAGCUCAUGCAGGGGCCAGUCGGGGGCUUUGGGCCCAUGAUCUCCCCCACCAUGGGGCAACCUCCCCGGGGAGACAUGGCACCAGGGCCUGCCCUGAAUCCCCCUGCCGGCCCCCCCAUGGCCCAGAGAUUCAGUCAGCCCGCCAAUCUCUUUGGACAGUCUCCCAUGCAGCGGCCCAGCCAGAACUUGCCCCCAAACACCAGCCCCUUCACUGGGGCUGACCCUGGCUUCCCGGCUGGAGGGGACGAUGGGGGGAAGAACCUCAACCCUCCCAGCACCUUCAGUCAAGACCUGCACUCGGGCUCGCCAGCCGCGGUGAACGGGGCCCAGCCGAGCUUCACCCCCAGCAGCGCCAGCCGGAGCAGCAGCACCCCCGAAGCUAACAGCCUACCGCCCUCCGGCAAGGCGCCUGGCAACUCUGGGCACCAGCCACCGCCGGGCCUGGUGUACCCUUGCGGGGCCUGCCGCAGUGAGGUGAACGAUGACCAGGACGCCAUCCUGUGCGAGGCCUCCUGCCAGAAGUGGUUCCACCGGGAGUGCACAGGCAUGACGGAGAACGCCUAUGGGCUGCUCACCACCGAGGCCUCUGCCGUCUGGGCCUGCGACUACUGCCUGAAGACCAAGGAGAUUCAGUCAGUGUACGUCCGGGAGGGCAUGGGGCAGCUGGUGGCGGCCAAUGAGGGCUGAGCGGGCACCGGGCCCAGCUAGGGAGGGGCCGUGCUACCUGCACCUUGUACAGGUCCCUGUUUGGUUUUUGGGCCACUCCCUCCCCCCCCCCCCCUUUUGUAGCCACCCCUCUCCCUGCGUGCAAGAGACGAUGUUGAGUGGUGUCUGGCUUUGGUAACGUUUCCUCUCUGUUCUUGCUCGUCUCUGUGGCUGGGCCUGGUGCAGCUCAUGCCCCUUUAAAAUACCCAGAGCGUCCAUCGGAGGGAGAGGCAAGACCAGUUCCUGCCUCCCCUCCCCACCUAACCCCACGCUUGCCAGCCCAGAGUGUGAAGUCCGGAAUGGGGCUCUGAGGUCUCUGUUACUGGCCGAGCUGAGCAGCCAAUGGUGCCAGAAUUUCUGUCUGGGGGCAGAGUAAACGACUGUCCCACAGAGAGCCCUGGGCAGGGGGCGUCCUGCAAAUGCUGAUGCUUGGAGCAGUCUCUAUGGGGUAGAAGCGGGGCGGAGCUGGCAGGGGUUGUGUCCUGGUGGUGGGGGAGCUGUGGUGUGACCACUAGAGCUGGGAGCUCAGCCCAGAGCAGCAUUGCAGAUCCCCUGCCCCUGGGAACCAGGGCUGGGAACAGCCAGGGCUCAGUCUCCUAGUAGGGGCUUGUAGCAGAACCAGCACACUGAGCCCUUUGCACUGGGGGGGAGGGGUGUCUGUCCCACCCCAUAGCUGCCGCUUCCCAAGCCGCACUCGGCUCUGUGCUGUUGCCGGAGGGGAGGGCUGUGGGUCUGCGGCACAGGGUGUGUGCUGCCAGCGUGCGUCUGAGCUGCGGGAAGGCAGCUUUCGCUCCUUUCCCCAGGCCGCGUCCGGUGCCCUGCACGCGUGCUUGCGCCUAGCCGGGAUUCCACACGUGUCCUGAGUAUCUAUAAUGCAGGCCCCUUGGAGCGCAGCCCAGCCUGCUCUGCCUGGCUGGGCUGAGCCGGGCCUGCUGCAGGCGCGAGGUGGCUUCUCCUGGUCACUGAUUGCUCUUGAAUAGCAUCUGCGACGAGACCGCCCCCCCAAGCCCCAGUGCUCUCGGCGCCCUGCCCUCCUGGGAGGCACAGCUCUGUGGGUUUCUGUAAAGCUCCAGCCCUGGAGCCAGAUUAGGUGAGACCCAGCUUUCGUUACGAGUCACCUUCCCGCCCGAGGGGCUGCUGAGAGCAGCUGGGAGACGUGGGCCAAGAGGCUCCACAGCCAGCGUUCGAUGUCCUCGCGCUUUGGGCUGCUCCAUUUCAUCAUUGGUUGGAUGGUGCCUAUUGCCUCCUGGGUGCCCAUGAAAGCCAGUGGGCGGUUACACAGCGUGCUCCUUUCUACUGUGAGUUAUGUCACACGCGGCAGGCUAUGGGGCCGCGAGGUGCAGCAGGUCCUGCUGUGCCCGGAGCGUGGGGGGCGCACAGGUUGGAAAUGCACAUGUUGUGAGCAGGCCACCUCUGGCAAAGUAGGACCCAGGCCCGUGGAAGCAGCUUCUGAACGGCAUGGCAAUGUCAGCUCAGUCUGUCCGAGAGUCCCUCGUGUCCCCCCUUCUCACACACAGGGCUAGGGCUCAGUGCAGACAAUAGGCAGCAGUGGGUGUGAAGGUGGUUUCCUGGGGUUGCCAGCAGCCCAGGACAGAGGUGCCUCCCUUCCCUCUAUACGAGGGAUGUAGCCUGUUGCAGGGCUUGUCUCCCUGGCUCCCAACCUACCGUGCUGCUCCCCGGGCAGCUCCGAUCACCAGCCCUCGGCUGCCUGGCCAGUCACUGUCAUUGUAGGUCCUGUGGGGGCUCAGGCAGGCAGCGGCUGCACUCGGUCGUGUUUGUGAGGUUCUCUCGGCUCCCACAAUUUUAACUCAAAGCGGGGAUUCUGGAACAGACUCCCAGAUUCAGGGCCCUGUGCUUGCUUCUGGUGUCAGCAAGAGCUGCAGAGCCCCCGGGGCUGAGCGCACGGCUUAGCCGGUGCAUGCGAUGCAGGGGGCAGCUUGCUUCCCACCAGUGGUGCAGGGUGAGAUUAGCAAGCCAGGAGUAGGAGUGUAACUGUCUGGAACCAGUUACAGCAGAGAGAGACUCUUGUGGGGAGCGGGGAACCCAUCGGCCUGGCCUGGUAGAUGGGAUGGGAUCUUCCUGCUCCAAAUGGCUGAAGGGGGUGGGCAGGCUGGUGGUGGGGGCCUGUCAUGAGCUGUGGGUGGGGAAUGGGCAGGGUGAGUGGUCUGAGCUGAGAACAGAAGCACUGGGAACAGCGUGGCGCAUGGCACAGGGGCUGUGUUGGUAGGCGCACACUUUACCCAGCUGCGUACACCAUUGCCCAGAUGCAGGACUGCUAGCUGGCUAACAGCUGCUCGUAUUUAGCCAUGGGCCAUCCCAACCCUUGCUGGGCACCCUGGACAGGGCUGCAGCUGGCCUGUGUGCUGUGUGAGGGGCUUGGAGCUGGCUGGGCCCUGCUGCUCUUGGGUGUGUUGGGGGAAUCUCCUGGGUUUGUUAAUUUUUUGCUGUUUUGAUGACUUGUUCCCUUUUGUAAAGUGAUUGCUGGUGUGGUUUGUAAUCGUUUUUAACCUCCCAGAGCUUUCUGCAGGACCGGGGGCACAGUCUUGCCCCGUUUUAACUGUCUGAGCAUUAAAGGAAAACUUUUUGUAUUGUCCAGCUAUAAAACUAUUUGAAAUCAGA